AUGGUCAAAAGGGCAGAAGUUGGUCCGGUGCUUGCCACGAAGAAACGGCGUCGCCAGACACUUGUUUGUACGAAUUGCCGAAAUCGAAAGAGUAAAUGUGACAGAGGGAAACCAGCGUGCAGUUCAUGUGUCAAAGCUGGGCUAGAGAGUUCAUGUUACUACGUAACGGACUCAAAGUCUGGAAUGCACCAAGAAAUUUUGCCGAAUUUGGAUGACUUUUUUCCGCAACAUGAAAACCUCUCUAUAGACAUGGUAUCGUCUGGUAAUGUAAUCAAGCGCAAGAGGUCUGGAACAACUUAUCUUGCUCCGUUCACGGUUGGCGCCGCAAAGAAAAGAGAUGUUUAUUUGCAAAUACUUGAUAUUGUGUGUGCGCCGCCGAGAAGGGUAGGCAAAUUGCCCAAAUCAUCCUCCCAGCCGGACGCCCAACCGUCCUCUGUUUCAAAAAAGAAUGAUGGCGAACAGUCGACGGAAUGUUUGCCAAGAUCAAUGCGCCACAUCAAGCAAUUGGAAGAACAAGCCGUGGAUGCCGAAAGUACCUUGACGUCGAAGCAUAAAGAAAUGUGUAAGCAUCUGUUCGACAAAUUUGGAAGAUAUCGAAAGAAUCGCUUUCACUCAUGGACUGACGAAAACCUGCCCCUCAAUUCUUUGCCAGAUGCUGAUAUCUUUUUUCAAAGCGUGAUGCCCUAUUACGUUGAGAAUGUAUCAGAACUGUGUCCCAUUUUUGACCUUGGUCAUCUAACAAGCGGUCUGGAAUCUUUUUAUCUAAGAUACAUCAAUGCGGAACCCCCAAAGAAGCUAGAAGUUGACGACUACGCAUAUUACAGUAUUCUGCUGCUAAUCACCUGCCUCGUUCAUAUGUCCAUAAGUUUCUCGUCGGUGGAACGCUCAAAAUACUCUAUCGUGAAAACAAUCAACACUGAUGAAUUUAUCUCUGUUGCCAACCAUUGUAUAUAUCGGCAUGACAACUUGAGAAAAUGCUCUCUCAUCCGUUUGCAAAGCAUGAUGUUACUGAGGUUUUACCAGUGGUGUGCACCAGAUGACGGAGACGGAGAGUAUCUUCAACAAAGUGCUAUGCUCAUGGGGAUGAUUGUGGCUGCUUGUAAUAGUUUAGGAAUAGGCUGGCACUGUUUCCAACACCCAACAAAACUCGUUGGAGAUAUAAACUUCGGUCCGUCACAAUCAAUUUUUUCCCAGGACCCCAAAGAGUACCAGCGACUUUGGGCGGUUGUCUUGCAUUGGGAUCGUAAAGCCAGUCUGCUUACUGGCUUGCCUUGCCUGGUAAAUUCCACCAUGAGGAUUCCUAACGACGGCUUACAGCAUCUUAGACUCUACACCGCCAAAUACGAUAAUUUGAUGCAAAAGCUAGCAACUGCAAUCAGCAACGAUCCCUCUGCUGUGAAUUAUGAUUCGGUGAUGAGAUUAUCUACACUUUUAAAGCGAACCCUCAAUGUGGACAUGAAGGAAAAGGAGACACACGCGGCCUUGGCGCUAGAGUUGACAAUCACGAUCAACCUACUGGAGUUAUCGGUUGAGCAUGCCCGACUCAUUAACUGCGAGUUGAGUGGAGACCCUGAACAAUUUCAAGAGUGUAUGCCCAAUUUGAUGGCAGCAAUAUUGAAGAUUAUCAACCUUUGUGAACACUACUUAGCCCAUAGUAGGGAAUAUUUGCAAUCUACCAGAUUCUACACAAAUAAAAUUGUAGAACUCGCGUUUAGCAUGGUUGGGGCGAUUCUACCCUCUAUUAUUCUUCGAUCGGGUCGAUCGACAGAAUCCAACACGAAAAAAAUCCUGAUGCAAUACCUAGAGAGCAUAUUUUCGACCUAUUUCAAACACUGGGGAACAGAAUAUUAUGAAAGUUUCAGAAGGCUCUUUGGAUCAAAAAUAAUUUUUAAGACGUUGUCAUAUCUCAAUGAGAAGGAUCCGUGGGAAACACUUCUAGAAUACAUUGUUACGCCAGUAACUAAGCAGGAGGCGUUUGAAGACAACCUUCCCUACCAAAUCCAGAAUUUCAAAAAGCUGUACUAUAACCAAGGGCGGCCUAAGAGCGCGAGUGACAUUUGGGACGCUUGCUAUGUCAACAAAGAGCUGUUUGCCUUUGAUAUUGACAUGGAUAGCUAUGGAAAGUACAUGCCAUUUUUUGAAGAUUGCGCAGCCCACGAUUAUGACGUUUUUGCCUCGUUCUUUAAUAAAGUUUCGUCGCCAUUUUUGCAGGAAGUUAAAAACUUACCUUCUGUACAUAACGUGAGCCCCAUCCCUUCAGCACUUGACAAUUUUGAUUACAAUAUAUUGAGCAACGACGAGACAGGGCAAUACGACCCGUUAACGUUCCUAAAGUUUUUCGAGCCUGAGAUAUAG